AUGGGUGCCCAAUCAGUCACCGGUGGAUCAGCUCAUGGUCUCAGUUGGAUAUCCAGGAAAUUUAGUCUUCACACAGAGAGCCAUCACGGAUCAGGUGGUGGUCCGCCUCAUCCACAUCUCUGCGGCGGUUAUGGAGGGGCUCUGAAGGGCUCCCGAAGCCCUACCAUAAGGACUGCCAAUCACUCGCACUCUAUGGGUAGCGGCGAGUGGUUUCUAUACAAUUUUGCGUUCAGAGAACUGAUUGCAGAGUUACAGCAGUAUCCCUACGACGACAGGGCCCGCGGUUUUAUAGACUUCUUUCAAGUCAAGUUGAGAUGUUGUGGUGUUGUAUCACUUAACGACUAUCAGAGGGCUGUGCACUGGCUUUACGAGAGUUUCUGGAGUUGAGAAGUGGUAUAAUUGGUUUGUUGUGUUUAAUCGCAGCUUUAAUCCAAUUAAUCUUAAUUGCAUUGACUUUAAUGCUCUUUUGCUCCAAGAAGAGGAAUUUCAUUCGAUAGCUCUCUCUCUCUCUCUCUCUCUCUCUCUCUC